AGGGUCCGGUUUCAAAAAGUCAUUGCAAGUCAAUUGACAAUUGAGAGUGGCGCUGAGCUUUAAGAUGAAAGCUGCUCUUGUCAGUGUCUUGUGCCUGUUGUUGGUUGGAAUAAUAUCCUCUGUACUUUCUGCAAAGGGUCCACUUGUAACUAACAAAGUUUAUUUUGAUAUUGCAAUUGGAGGUGAAAAUGUAGGUCGGGUUGAGAUUGGCUUGUUUGGCAAGACAGUACCAAAGACUGUUGAUAACUUUGUUCAACUAUCUAAACACACGAAAGGUUUUGGUUACAAAGGCAGCAAGUUUCACCGUGUCAUCAAAAGUUUCAUGAUACAGGGAGGAGACUUUACUAAAGGAGAUGGAACUGGAGGUAAGAGUAUUUAUGGCGAUAAGUUCCCUGAUGAGAACUUUAAAUUGAAGCACCUUGGACCCGGCUGGCUAAGCAUGGCUAAUGCUGGCAAGGACACCAACGGGUCACAGUUCUUCAUCACAACAGUAAAGACCAGUUGGUUGGACGGACGCCAUGUUGUCUUUGGAAAAGUACUCAGUGGAAUGGAUGUUGUGACACAAGUGGAGAACACAGAGACAGGAUCAAACGAUAAGCCGGUCAAAGAUGUGACCAUUGAAGAUUGUGGAGAAAUAGAGAUCGAGCCAUUUAACAUUGAUAAAGAAUAAGACUUUAGACAUCAUUUUUCACUGAUUAGAUAAAUUUUUGUUAAAAUAAAUAAGACAUUACACCAUAGAAUGGAACGAUUAACUUAA